UUAAUAAACACGUAAUGCUAUUAAAUUUUAGAUCAGAUACUACUUAAUAUUAUUAAGAAAAAUUUUUACUUUUAUCAGAUUCUUUAUUUGAAUUUGAUUAAAUAGAAGCUCGGACUUUGCGAGCAUCGUCGUGUAAUUUAUUUUGCAGUGUGUUUUGGGUUUGUAUUUCUAUCUGAAGGAGGUACAGCAUGCGGAUGACGUGAUAGAGCAGAUAUCCUGGUUGCCGAUGGUCGCGCUUAUCGUCUACAUUGCCAUGUACAGCGUAGGCUGGGGUCCGAUUCCGUGGGCAUUGAUGGGUGAGAUGUUCGUUUCGAACAUCAAGGCUAAAGUUUCUACUAUGACUGUUUUCCUUAGCAAAGUUUUGAGCUUUAUCAUGACCAAGUUCUCCAUCAAUCUUGAAGAAGCGUUCAAGUACAUGAUCUGGAUAUUUGGAGUUUUCUGCAUCAUUAGUAUCUUUUUCACGGUAUCGGUGUUGCCCGAAACAAAAGGCAAGAUUCUUCAGCAAAUCCAAGAUAAACUUAAUGGAGUGACUUCAACUAUAUACGUCGAAAAUAGGACAAAGAAGUGAAGAGAGAACGCUCGCGUCCGAUCAUCCUGACGAAUGGUAUACGUUGAAUACCUGAUGAAUUCGCGAGACACUUUGAAGUGAUUAGAUAUUUGUAAAAAAUACGUAGGGUAAAGUUUUAUAACAUAUUUAGGGAUUUGCUAUUAUUAUACAGUGAAAAAGAAUCAAGCAGAGAAAUGCGGAUAAUAUAUAUGUGCCUAUACUACUGUUAAAUUUAUACAAGUAUAAUAUAUAGGUAAAAAAGGAAUGUCUUUGAUGAGCUUGGACCAUUGUUUAGUCUUUUGUUACUAAUAUUGCUUGAAUCAUAAAAAGGAAAACGGAAAACGGAUCAAUUAACGAACAAUGAUUCGAUGAUUUAAAUGAAGUGAACGAUAAAUGAAAAUUUAGAAAGAGUAAAACGGAGAUUCUAUUCUAUUUUUGUUUAUAUAUCACAUGUUGUACGCAGAGAUAAUUUUGUUACUUUCUACGCAUGGAACCAAGAAUACUUGUUUUUCAAAAACCUUUGCACAAUGACUAACACGGUUCAUAGCAAUUAUAUAAUGCAAGUGUAUAUAAUGCAAGUCAUACCAUGCAUAUUUAUAAAUACGCUUGCGAUACUUCGUUACGUAUUAUUGUAUGCACAUAUAUAUAAGCUUCGUUUUCUAGCGUAAAAAAAGUGUGACGUGCCAGUAAACUUUCCUACGUUUUCAAGCAAGUUCCUAUUUGAUCCGUAAUUAGGAAACGUGGGGCAACAAUAAGAUUCUUUUGCUUGUAUUUUAUCAAGAUUUAGUAUUGCGUGUGUUAGACGUGGCGUGUAAAAGUAAAAUAAAAAACAAAAAAGAUUAAUUUUUCGGCGUAUUUUUUAUUCACGGAUUAGAGACCAGUCAUUUUGUAAUACGUCUGCAUGGAAAAAGAAAAACGUAAUUAUUAACAACAACCGCAAAUAUAUCGAAAUUUAAAAGGAUGUCGAGUAUCGUUUAAAUUUGAUAUUUUUAAAACGCCAAUAAAUUGAUGAAAUUACGUGAAAAAAAGAAAGA